AUGGCUCAGAUUCCCUCUACAGAUGAUUCUGUUGUUGAUGAACUGGGUAGGCUAGAGAUCCAAUCUGGCUUUCCUGAACUUCGACUGCAAGAGUUGAGAUUCCUGAAGAUGUUGAUCAGCCGCAUGAUCAUCUGCAAGGAACGUAAUAUUGAUUUUCAAUGGUACAUUGCACAGUUUAAGCUUAAAGUUUUACUGGAAAAUGAAGAUGGGAGCCACGCUGCUAAAAAAUACGAGUCACAGCUAAGGAAAAUGCUUGCUGCUUUGUUGGACUCAAUAAAAUUCAUUGAUCUUGCCAACUUGAAAACUGGUACUGUUGUUCCUGUGAGGAACCAAUUUUUGGUUCUUGCAGAAAAGCUAAGAUUCCUCAAAGUCCUUGUGCUCUUCUUAACAAAAAGAUGCAUUGACCAUCAGAUUCUGAAAGAUUUCAUCGAUUAUGAGAAUGAUUCAGUGCACGAUGCAUCAUGUUUGUCCAUCUUUUACUUGCUGAAAGGGAAGGAUGAAAUGAUAGCCCAAGGAUGGGAAAUUCUUCUUUCGGAUCUACUACAGAAGUUUAUGCUUUGCACUCCGGGGAUGAUCAUAAAACUCCUGAAAGCUUCAAAGUCCUCAAGAUCCAAGAAGUUUGAAGUGGGCGAAAUUGCAGUCAGGCUUGUUGAUUUCUUACUUGAAAGGUUCAGCUAUCCCUUUGAAGGAUUAUGUUGA